GAAGCACCCUGCCCUUGCCCUGCCUCCUACCCUUUCUUCUUUGAUUGCACAAAUUGCUGAAUUUUCUGCAAACAGUUUGAAGUUUUUGAGAUGGGAGGAUCAAGACGCAAUCACAAGAGGCAUAGGCCAAAGGUUCAAGUUGGUCUACCAAGGAAGAACCCUAACAUAUUCAAACCAGCCUUCUGCCUUCCUCCAAAGCUCCGAUCAAUGGUCAAAUUAGAUGACAUAAAGUGGGACGACAAGGGCAGUGUACUUCAAAACUACAAAUCAUUCGGCGUAGUAUCAAAUCCAAAUUUACUCAGCAUUCGUUCUCGAUCCUCCGAUCGUCUUGUCGAAAGCGAUGCCCUUCAGAUACCUCAAGAAAUCGACGAACCCAUCUCAGAGUUCGAUACAAUUGAUUCUGGCAGCGAUCUAGAAGAAGACGAUUUGAAAACAGCACUUGGGAAGAAGAGAAGGGAUGGAAAAGGUGCUCCAGCACAACCAUUGACAACUAUGCAAAGGGUUCAUAUUGGAAAACUUACAGAGAAAUAUGGAGAUGAUUAUAAGGGUAUGUUCAUGGAUACCAAACUAAACAAGAUGCAGCAUUCAAUUGGAACUUUGGAGAGUCUUUGCAAAAGAUAUCAUAUGUUUCGUGAUGGUAAAAAUCCUUUGUUAAUUGGAAUUUGAAUGCUUUCUCUUUUUUGAAACUUCUCUUUUGUAUUGUGACCUGAAUUUCUCUUUUGUUGUUGCUAUAUUAUCAUCUUUUUUAAUGUUAUUUUGAUACAAAAGCAGAAGAGUUAUUAUGUUAUUUA